AUGCACUAUUGGAAAGGUAGUAAAAAUACAAAUAAAAACUUAUCUUCGCCAAGGGAUUUAAAAACAAUAACAUUAAAAUCUCUAACAUUGCAACAAGAGUUUCUUCUUGUGAUGAUGCGUUUACGUUUAGGUCUUUUAACUGAAGAUCUUGCUCAUCGUUUCAUGAUAUCUAUUUCUGUAGUGAGUUCAGUAUUUAUAACUUGGAUAAAACUUCUUUCUCUUGAAUUAAAAUGGCUAAUACAUUUUCCUGACAGAAAUAAUAUAAAGAGAAAUUUACCAACAAUGUUCAGGAAAUACUACCCAAAAUGCUCAAUAAUAAUUGAUUGUAGUGAGCUUUUUAUCGAAACACCAUCAAGUUUGGAUACUGCUGCAAGUUGUUGGUCAAAUUAUAAACAUCAUUAUACUGUUAAAUAUUUGGUUGGAAUAACACCAAAUGGUGCAAUUUCUUUUUUAUCAAGUUGUUAUGGCGGAAGAGCUAGCGAUGUUUUUAUUGUUAAAGAUUGUGGAAUUUUAAAAUUCUUACAACCUGGAGAUCAAGUUAUAGCAGAUAGAGGUUUUAAAAUAAAAGAACUACUAGCUUUUUACCAGUGCAAUUUAGCUAUUCCUCCAUCAAAACGCACAAAUUUGCAAAUGACAUCUAAUGAUGUGCGAGAAACCUCAAAAAUUGCAAAUGUUCGAAUUUAUGUGGAACAAGCCAUAGGGCGUAUGAAAAACUUUCGCAUAUUAAAAAAUGAAUUGCCAGUCACACUGUUACCAUUAUGUGACAAUAUUAUUACUGUAUGCGCUGUAUUAACAAACUUCAUGCCCCCCCUUUGCAUUGAUGAAAACAAAGCAUAA